CUAUGUUUUAUACAUUAUCAUAUCAAAUUUUAGUAAUACAAUAAACAUUUUUUCACUUUUUCGAAUAAUAUUAUAUACAUAUAAGAAAAUUGUGAAACAUCUAGUAUAGUUAUUCGUAAUCUACAAAUUUCUGACUAAACAAAUAUUCCUAACCUAGAAUGUCACAGUAAAAUGUAACGCUGUCUUGUUUUUCCAGUAUUUCGAUUAAUUAUUAGUUAUUAGUGCUCUGUGACUGUACGAACUGAGAUGGAAAAAGAUGCACAACAAGGUGGAAACACGCAGCACGAUCUGUACCUGCAGGAAAUUGAAGGAAUUGACGACUACUGGGGACCCACUUUUAGAGCAAUAUAUGAUAAUGAUGAGCAUGUUGCAUUUGGACAAAAGUUAGAAGAAAGAAUCAAACAUCAUGAUAAAGAUAUUGAAAGAUUAUGCAAUGUUUACUAUCAGGGAUUUAUUGAGUCAGUUAGAGAAUUGUUGGAGGUCAGAUCACAAGCUAAAACACUGAAUUCUGAAGUAUUAACACUUGAUAAGCAGUUGCAAGUAGCUGCAGAAGGAAUCACCAAAUCUGGCAGUGAAUUAUUGCAGGCCAGGAAGGUGCAAAGCAACAUUGCAACUGUCAUAGCACAAUUGAAUUUGUGUUUGCCUGUGUUAAUGACAUAUUCAAAACUUAAGAAGCAAAUUGCCGAGAAAAGGUAUUAUCCUGCAUUGAAGACUCUAGAGGAACUUGAACAUACACAUUUGCCACAUGCUGCUUCAUAUAGGUUUUCAUUACAAUUAAUAGAAAGUAUUCCAAAAAUUAGAGAAAGUAUCGAAACAGCUUCCAUGUCAGAUUUAAAAGACUUCUUAGAAAAUAUCAGGAGAUUCUCGCCAAAAAUAGGCGAAGUUGCCAUGCGUCACACAAACGAACAAUUAGCCAAUGAUCCAACUCUAGUAGGCCGUAAGAAGAAACGAGCCGCACCACAGCCAAGCGAAUCAAUGUCGUCAAGUCAAUACGAAGAAGAACUGAGUGCACAGGAGAUGAUUGAUUUCUCACCGAUUUAUAGAUGCCUACACAUUUCAACCGUUUUAGGUUCUCGCGCAACUUUUGAGACUUACUAUCGCGCUGAGAGAACUAAACAAGCAAGAUUAGUGCUACAACCACCGCCGAAUAUGCACGAGUCCGAAGAAAGUUACAGACAAUACAUUUAUGCAGUACUGGGAUUUUUUAUUCUGGAGGAUCAUGUUUUAAAUACUGGUAAUGGAUUGAUAACUAGAGCGUUUUUAGAUGACAUGUGGACAAUGGCAUUGACAAAAAUCGUCACUGCAUUACAAACCAACUCGAGUUACUGCACAGAUGCAACGUUAAUAUUGCGUAUUAAAGAUUUGAUUAUGUUGUUUUGCACCACGUUACGUAACUAUGGCUAUACGGUGAAGCCACUAUGGGAACAACUGAGGGAAUUGAGGGAUCAUUACACCGAGGUGCUUAUGCAACGCUGGGUGCAAAUCUUUCGCGAGAUUUUAUCCAAAGAAGAUUUUCAAGUUAUUCAGGUUCACGAUCAAGAAACAUACGAUGAAGUUUCACUUUCAUUUCCUUUCGAUGAUGAUCUUCCCGACGAUAUCACGUUUCCGUUUAGGUUUCCCAUCUCCGGAAUGGUACCGAAAGUGUACCAGCAGGUAAAGGAGUUUAUCUACGCGUGCUUAAAGUUCUCUGAAGACUUAAACCUCAGUCAAGUAGAAGUAGAUGAAAUGAUACGUAAAUCAAUGAACCUGCUUCUGACGCGCAGCUUCAGUGGCUGUUUGUCAUCUACAUUCCGCAGUAAUCACAUAAAUAUGCAAGAAAUUAUACAGAUUAUCAUUGAUACUGGAUAUUUGGAACGCGCGACGAUUUAUUUAGAUCAGUUUAUAUCAAACAUCACUGGUGAGGAAUGUAGAGGUGUAACAACCGGUGUGGUUCAGGGCCAGCCAGCAAUGUUUCGCGUUGCGCGUGAAGACGCGGUUCGACAAAUUUGUGAGAAACUCAAACACAAGUUAGAUCAGUGUAUUGAGUUGGAAAGUUACGAUUGGUUGCUGGUGGAGCCACAAGGGCACGCGUCGAAUUUCAUCACUGAUUUAAUUGCGUUUUUAAGAACUACGUUUACUAGUUUUACUAAUUUACCACCGGAAGUAGCACAAGUUGCGUGUAAGUCUGCAUGCGAACACAUCGCUAAUUUAAUGUUGCGAGCAUUACUAGACAACGAUAUCAAGCAGAUCUCAAUGGGGGCAUUAAAUCAAUUGAAUUUGGAUUUACUUCAAUGUGAAUUGUUUGCUGCAAGUGAGCCUGUGAAAGGUUUACAGGAAGAUAUUCUACUGUCAUACUUUUUAAAGUUGAGAGAAAUACUAGAUCUUUUCACAUCUUGGGAUUGGCCAACAUAUUUCCAUGACUACGGGCAGGAAACUUCGAAAUACAAGCAAGUUGAACCGGACGUUGCUAUAAUCAUUUUAGAAAAGCUGCGUGAAGGUGACAAGAAGACAAUGUUCACGGUGCUCAAGAAAAGUGAACGCGAUAAAAAGAAACUUCUAGAGACAGUCCUCAAACAACUGAAACAAUUGUCACAAUUUCCAACCGGCAAUAAGUAGCAGGUCAUCUUUUAUUAGUAUAGGUAAAGUAUAAUGGUUAAAAAUGAACAUUAUUUAUGACGAAUCACAAAAUUGGCAGGUCUUAUACAAAAAUUAAUUUUUGAUAGACUUUUUAUUGAUUAAUUUGAUUUGUUUUCGAAUAUUUUAUUAAAACUUUUCCUGAUGUCACAUUACUUCUCACUUAAUUUAAACAUAAACAUUGUUGAGUGCAUAACACUGCUUUGUUGUUCAUUUGAGACUAUUAUACUUUGCUUCAUAUCAUAAUCAAAAUUAGAACUCUGUUUAUAUGUAUAUCAUGUAUAGAAUGUUUAUAUAGAAGCGCAGUAAUUUGUUACAAGUGUUACAAACCAAAAACCGAGUAUAGGUUAAUUAAUUAUCAACUAAAAACUCAUUAACUUUGUCACUCUCUGUGGUAAUAAGAGUAAUAAUGAGCUUUAGACAAUAUUAACCCCUAAAAAACUGUAUUAACGACGGAAAGAGAAGAAAGAAAAACUCAUGUUUAUUUAUUCAUAAGCCCCUUGUUAAUAAUGGAGAUACAUAGUUUCUAAUUAGGUGUGUAAGUAAUAAUGUAAAAAAACGCUUUAAUAAUAUUUUUAGAAAUGGU